CAGCGCGCUUAGGUUCAAAACAUUUAUGAAAGUAAGAAUUGAAUACUGUAUAAAAUGAAUGUUGAAGGUCAAAAUCCCAUCAGUAAAGCAUUCGCUAAGCUAUACAUCAAGGAUGUGCUAGCACUAGAGGGCAUAGAAACACUGCACUACAAUGGACAUCCUAUAUGCAAAGUGGACAUCUAUGGAAUAGUUGUAAAAGUCAUUGAAAAGCAGAAGUUCUUUCUUUAUGGAGUUGAUGAUGGGACAGGCGUGAUAAAUUGCUGCUGUUGGAAGCCGAGUCAAGAGCCACAGCCAUUCUCCCCAAAAGCUGAUGUCAACAGUUUGUCAAUAAAGGAUUUUCUGAGGUUGAAGAUCUCUGACAACCUAGUGGAACAGAUGACACCAAUAGAAUUUGGAGAGUCCAUUCAUGUCAGAGGGAGGGUUAAAACAUACAGAGGAGACAUCCAAGUGUCUGCUUCCUUCUUUGAAAAAGUGGAUGAUCCUAGAUGCGAAAGAGAAAUAGCAAGGAUGAUGGAGCUUCCGAAGUUGUACCGAGAUGUGUAUGAUCAACAGUUCAUUGUGGAGAAAGAAGAGAUUGCUAAGAAAUCAGAACCUUUAGUACCUGGAAGUCUCAUUGAAGCAGUUGAACAAUUUCUUAGGAGGAGUGAAACCAAUAGUUUUUAUAUUGCUGAGUUACAAACUGUAGAUCAUUUGAUGGAUAUUAUCAAGGGCUUAUGUAUCAAUACGUCUCAUGAACCAUCCACUUCUGCCAAGCCUACAUCUUCUGGAUCAUCUACAUCCAAGAAAGUGUCGGCUACUUCUACCCAUGUCAUGAGUUCUUCUAAACCCACUUCUGCCACCCCUGCUAUAGAUCCCUCUACAUCAUCUAGCUCUUCCAGCCAUGCCAUGGGUUCUUCUACAACCAAGAAUUCACCAACUAUGGCCAAUUCUGCUGUGGAUUCCUCUGUUUCUUUUGGCUCAUCCAACCUUGCUGUAAAAGAGUUGUCUAAUUCCAAGAAGUCAUCCACCAUCACCAGCUAUACUAUGUUCAAAGAAGUUGUUCAUCAUCUGGAACAAAGAGGCCUUGUUUACAAGUCCGACUCCGAGAAAGAUCUGUAUUAUGUCACGAUACAAGAGAAAUUAUCCAUAGCAGGAGAAGUUUUGAAAACUCUGAACGAGCUGUAUUCAAAAACUAAAGGUUAUAUGAAAGGAUGUCAUUAUCUUCAAAUAUUAAAGCAGCUUAAACACAGCAAGAAAUUCAGCAAGGUCACAGAAAACGCCCUCCUUGAAGUGCUACACAAACUGGAGGAAAACAGUGAUGUCAUCAGCACAACAAACAAACAUUAUAUCCCAUUUCCAACAACAUGACCAACAGAUGAAAAUUCAAUGUAGCGCCAGUUGAUGUGCAUCUCAAUCAAAGCCUGGUUCAAGGAGACAAACAAACUAAAGAAAGCACAUUGGAAAUGAUUUUGAAGUUCACCAAGCUAUAUUGAACAGCACUGUUAAGAUGUCACCGAUAAAAAAGAGAAAAAAAAAAGAGUAAAGAGAGCCUGGCAUCUAGAAGUUGAAGGUAGAAGAGUAAGGGGGCGGCCAAAGGUGACGUGGAAAGAUAUGGUGAAGAAAGAAAGUGCAAAAAUUGGUUUGGAG